AUGCCUGCCCAAGUCACCGACAUCAAGCAAUUCCUUGAGAUUGCGCGCAGAAAGGAUGCCAAAGGUGCCCGCGUCAAGAAAUCCGCAAAGUCCAAGGACAUCAAAAUGAAGAUCCGAUGCAAGAGAUACGUUUACACCCUGAUCCUCAAGGACUCGGACAAGGCCGACAAAAUCAAGCAGAGCCUGCCUCCUAGUAAGUAG